AGAAGAAUUAUGGGAAGUUGGGUUUUGUAAUCGUAAAAUGAGAAAAAAAGAUGCUCUUGUAAACAAAACUUUAACAGGAUACUUCAUGGACAGUAAAUACGUAUGUCCUAUUAUUUAUUUCUUUGUUCAUUGUUUUAUUUUUAACGCAUUAAAUAGCUGUUUCCUUUGUCUUCCGAAGAUACCGGUUUCUAAGUCCCUGCAUUUUCUUUUUUAUUACUAUUUGUCUUUGACAGCACUAUAAGCAGUGGAAUACGAAACAUAAACCAACACUCCUGCAAAAUUUUUUUUUCAGUUUUUUUAUGUGAUGGCGGCGGACUUUAUGUCACCUGAAUGAAAUUUGGCACUUUGAAGCUGGAGUCGUGACAUUAGUUAAGGAGAUGCGACUUAAAAAUCUUUCUGUGGUUAAGUUUUGACGUUUUAACAUAUUGUUACAGUGAUGCUAGGAGCAGAGCUCUGCUGUAGUAGAGCUGUUGCAACUCUGGAAGGAAACUCUACCCUAGUGAAGAUCUUGAAGAAAGUGGUGCAUUCCACCAGCCUUCGCAUUAAUGUGCAGGACUGUGAACCCCUGGCUGUUGUGGCUGUGCAGAGGUACCUGUCUGAUACCUGCCUUCCAUCCCAGCCUGGACCAUCUCAAGUGUCUGCUUCUUACUUGUAUGAUGUUACCCUCACUGACGGGGAACUUCAGACAAAGUGUUUCCUUGCUCCUGACUUGAACGCUGUGGUGCAUACAAAUUCCCUCAGGUGUGGGAUUGAGAUCAAGAUUAAACAAUGUUGCUACGUGUAUGAUGAGAAAAGAAUAAACAACGGAUUUCUGUCCAUUGAAAAAGUUGAAUUGGGAAGUAAUAUCUCUCCAAUAUUGUGUAGUAUUUCUGAUUUAAGUGCAUUGCCUAACGUUUUUAGCCUUCAGGGAAACCUAUUUUAUGCAAACUCUGUAUCUCAGACUCCACUGGUAGGUGGAAGAAAAUAUUAUCUCUCGCUUUGGAAUAAUGAAGAUCCAUAUGGAGAAAUGCGGAAUGUGUUUAAACAACUAGAGCUCCACAUCACUGUAGACGCAUCCAAAAUCAUCACUCUUUCAAAUCUUGAAAUGAUUUGGAGGAGCCGUUUAAAGUAUCCUCCACUGCUUGUGAGGAUAAUGCACAAAUCUAGGCUAAGAUACUUUGGAAAACCAGGGAAGAAAAUGGAUGUUCCUUACCAGGUGUACUUUGAAGUAGCAGACUGCUCAGGCAUGAUGUCCAUGGUUAUGUGGAAUGACCUUUGUUUGGAAUGGUAUAACAGCAUAUAUGUUGGCAGUGUGCUUUUCAUUCAGCAGUAUACAGUGAAACCCAGUUACCAGCACAGAACAUGGCCAACUCCAGGAGAUCCACAGAUGAAAGUAUUUAAAACAGUUGAGGUUUGCCUUAAUCCUCGAGAGCCUGCAUCCGAGCUCUACAUCCUUCCUGAGAAAAAUGUCAAGCCUGAAUGGCAGCUCCCAAAAGUGAGAUAUCACUUCAUUUCCAGAGUCGACCUGGACCACUUACCACAUAAUUAUACCUGUGAUGUCAUUGGCCUUGUGAUAUUUGUAGGAAGAUGUGAACGAUUAAGGAAAAAAGAAGGGGCAGAAGAUUUUUGGUUAUAUCGCUGGGUUCAUAUCAUUGAUGGCACUGCGGACAAGCCAUUUAUACUGGAAUUGUUUUCAACUUCCCAACCUGAUGUAUUCGAACACAUUCAUCCAAUGGCAUACUUGGUGUGUACCCAGAUGAGAGUGGUACGAGACCCAGAUCUGACCAGCUCCACCCAGCCUUACCUUACAACAUCAAAUGAGAGUCAACUCUUCAUUACUGGUUUAGGUCUUCAUAAAAGCCACAAAGGUCAGCCGUAUACUACAGAUCCAAAAGUGAAAGCCUUCAUUCAGUGGACAAAGACACAAAAUGAAAAUGAUCUGCUUCAGAGAACUGUAAUUGGUGGGUAUUACCACUUCCCACCACCCCCUGUGACAUUUGCUCAGUUCUGCAAAGACAACAAAGCUGAAACAGUACUGACAUCAUCCAAUGAAGUGAUGAAAAUGAUUGCUAAUCUCCACUACAGGGAACAUAAACGAAUUGCUUUUUUGGGCUCUAUUGCUUCUGUUCGCUACAUCCAUCAUUCCUGUACAGCCAAAGUGCUCCCAGCAAUGGAUGUAGAAGAGGAAGAAAUAUUUUUUUCUGCAAGAUCUUCACCCCCAUCUUCACAAGAAUCUGAUGGUCUUGCUCAGAAAUCCCCAACCCAGAAGAGGAAAUCUGAACUACAUCAAGAAACAGAACCUCUUACUGCUCCCAUCAUGCAGUUACCUGAUUUCUCACCUUCCAGCAAGUUUCCCUUCAGGAGAAAGAGACAACAGCGCUAUCAGACAGAGGAUCAUGAUACUGCUGCUGUUUAUCAGCAGAGUUCUGCAGAGUUGAACAAUAAAGAAAAUGAAGAAAACAAUCCGAAUUUGCAGAGUUGCAGCCGAUUAUGUGGAGGUGAAUCACAUGUGUGCAGUGUGCAUGCAGUACAACAGCCUGAAGUGUCGUCUGAUAAUGUAUGGGAAAGUGACAUCUGGUCUGAGGUGAAGGGCCAGUUGUCAGUGCAUUUACAUUAUGGCUGCCUUCUUCCAGAAAGCAUUCCCAGGAAAUUUGAUUACCACCACAGAGAACUGCUAGUGCAACAGCUCCUCCUUCACCCUGCCAAACAUCAGUGUGGAAUGCAUACAUGGAGUAAACAGAUGGAGGAACAUUCAUCUCUCCUUGAUCAUGGACACUUUGAAGUGACAAUUCUAGGCAUAAAUAGACAGUUCGCCAUUGAUACUGUAUUUCUACCAGUAACUUCUACUGAAGAUCACAGGAAAUUGGGGCUUUUAUCUGAUUUGCACAGCAAUACACUUCUUUCCUGCGUAAAUUUAGGAUAUGUUUCUCAGCAACAGACUACAGGUACUCAUGAGUCGUCAGUUCUCCCACCACCAGAUUCAAUUGUUCAAACUGCAGAUGAGUUGAACAGACAGCAUUUUAUCUGCAUCCUUGACGUCUGCCAUCUUGGAGAAGCCACAGUUGAAGUUUUCUUAAACCAGCUUUACAAUCCUUUGCCUAUAGCCCAGGCAGUAUGAGUACAAGCAUGCAAUUAAAAAUCACAUUGUGAGAGCUUAUAGGAGAUGCUUUCCUACAGAGGAACAGUUUAUUUCACUGAUCUUGUGUAUUGCAUUUAUUGAUAUCCAAUCCUUUACGCAGUGUUAGCAAUCUCCUUGCCCUUUCUUCCAUCGUCAGGAAAUGUUGCAGAUUUACUGGUGUCUAGGGUUCAAGUCUGGAACAAGUCACUGUCCAUAGAACUGCAUGACUUUUGGAGGGAUAUGUACCAUAUGACAUAGCAGACAAAGCUGUUGCCUUUGGGUACUUCCUUGCCUCAUUAUUUUGUGAAACCUGUUUUCAGUAUUUACUGAAACAAAUAUAUUGCAGACAACGCUCAAGAAACUAAACAACACGUUUACAUUUAGUGUCACUGUUGCAAGUGGAAGUAUAUUUAUUUUUUGUGCUGUACAGUACAAGUUUGUAAAAUUAAUUUUAUAAGCAUAUAUUGUUAGAGUUGUAAUGCAUUUUUUAAUUUUAAAUAUAAAAAAAUAAAUUAACUAUAGGCAAUUUGUUUCCUGUUUUGUUCACUUCUCUGAAUUCAUAACUGGAGCAUUAGUUUGAUUAAAUUAAAAUCUUUUGCUAAUAAAAAGUAACAAAUUCUAUUUGAAUGCAGUUUAUGGGAGACCUACCUUGGAAAAAUACUUUAGUUUUAGGUAACUUGUUUUUCUAAUCUUUUAUGGAGGCAUUUUUUAGAAAAGAGGCCCAGAGCUGAAAGGAACAAAACAGCUGCAGCUCUCUCAACAGUGACAGAGUAAUAUGACUUCUCCAUGUUUCUACCAAUUGAAGGCUUAUUUUUAUCAGUAAAUAAGUUGUAGUGUGGGAAGGCUUCUGGUACUAUGUCAAGUAGAGUAGCAAUGGAUCACCGGGUUAUCUGUGUGCACCUGUUCUGAGGCAUUAAAGGAUAAAGCUCUCACUAUGGCAUAGGCAAUCUGAGUUUGGUUAGCAACUUAGGUACGUGUAUGGAGCUGACAAAGAGAAGAGAAGAAUGAUUAGACUUAAGCUUGCUAUUUGAGUGGGGGGGGGCAUGCUAAGAUGGGUGGACUGUUCUUAGUAGUCCCCAUCCAGCACAAGGACUACUAAGCAUAAUUUCCUAAGGGUAGUACAGUGAUAUCCCUUGACCACGUGUCAUGGCAUGCAGUGGCCUAUCAGGUUCUCCUUAGGAGGCAGAGGAAGAUAGGACAUCAAUUUAGAGUUAAACCGAUUUAUGCUGUGAGAGACCAUGGCAGCUCUCCAGUCCUUUCACCCACUAAUUCCAUUCACCUCACCAGCUAGGCAGGGGCCUGAUGAUUCUAGACAGCUGGGUUACAACUGAUUAAGGUUUGAUUGGGCUCA